ACGGCGUCACGUUUGACGGAAGCUGCAAGAUGGCUGCGUCUGCGGUUUGCCGGGCGGCAGGCGCCGGGGCCCAAGCGUUCCUGCGCACCCGCCGUUCGCCGGCCUUGCUGAGGACGCCCGCCCUGCGCCACACGGCCACCUUCGCCCAGGCCCUGCAGAACGUGCCCGAGACGCAGGUCAGCGUGCUGGGCAACGGGCUGCGCGUGGCCUCGGAGCAGUCCUCCCAGCCGACCUGCACGGUGGGAGUGUGGAUUAACGCUGGCAGCCGCUAUGAGAACGAGAAGAACAAUGGGGCAGGCUACUUUGUGGAACAUCUGGCAUUCAAGGGAACAAAGAAUCGGCCUGGAAAUGCCCUGGAGAAGGAGAUAGAGAGUAUGGGGGCCCAUCUGAAUGCCUAUACCACUCGGGAGCACACAGCCUACUACAUCAAAGCACUGUCUGAGGACCUGCCAAAAGCUGUGGAGAUUCUGGCUGAUAUUGUGCAGAACUGCAGCUUAGAAGACUCUCAGAUUGAGAAGGAACGGGAUGUGAUCCUGCGGGAGAUGCAGGAGAAUGACACAUUGAUGCGGGACGUGGUCUUCGAUUACCUGCAUGCCACAGCGUUCCAGGGCACACCUCUAGCCCAGGCUGUGGAGGGCCCCAGUGAGAAUGUCAGGAAACUGUCUCGUGUAGACUUGACUAACUACCUCAACAGUCAUUACAAGGCCCCUCGCAUGGUGCUGGCAGCAGCUGGAGGAGUAGAGCACAGGCAGCUGCUAGACCUGGCCCAAAAGCACUUCAGCAGCGUCUCGGGGAAGUACGAAAAGGAUGCCGUGCCCAGUCUAAUUCCAUGCCGCUUUACUGGGAGCGAGAUCCGUCACCGAGACGAUGCCCUCCCUUUGGCCCACGUGGCCAUUGCAGUGGAGGGACCUGGCUGGGCCAGCCCAGACAAUGUGACUCUCCAAGUGGCCAAUGCUAUCAUUGGUCACUAUGACUGCACUUACGGUGGUGGCAAGCACUUGUCCAGCCCACUGGCUGCAGUUGCCGUGACCAACAAGCUGUGCCAGAGUUUCCAGACCUUCAACAUCUGCUAUGAAGAGACUGGGCUCCUGGGUGCACACUUCGUCUGUGACCGCAUGACUAUCGAUGAUAUGAUGAUCUUCUUGCAAGGCCAGUGGAUGCGUUUGUGCACCAGUGCUACAGAGAGCGAAGUGACACGGGGCAAAAACAUCGUCCGAAAUGCCCUUAUGUCUCAUCUGGAUGGUACCACUCCAGUGUGUGAGGACAUCGGGCGCAGCCUUCUGACCUAUGGCCGCCGUAUCCCCUUGAUUGAGUGGGAGAGCCGGAUUGCGGAUGUGGAUGCCCAGAUGGUGCGGGAGAUCUGCUCCAAGUACUUCUAUGACCAGUGUCCCGCUGUGGCGGGGUUGGGCCCCAUCGAGCAGCUCUCAGACUACAACCGGAUCCGUAGUGGCAUGUUCUGGCUGCGCUUCUAGGCAGAAAGCCUGUGCAGGCAAGAGUGCGGGGCCAGGGUUUAUGGUGCCCCCCCUCACCCCACCACAAACAUACCACUCUGGCUCCUCAAAACCCCUUAGCCCGUUACAACCAAUAAAGUCCUCUGUUGAGA